UGCCGGAAGGAACAGGUCGGCUGCUCUUAUUCUCAGGAAAAGCAAAAACACUAUUCUGCUCUGCAUCGGCUGUCCCCUCCGUGCCACAGAACAGGAUGGAUAAUUUAGACUAUUCAAACUGGUUAAAAAAUGCUGGAAAUGAGCUGUACAAAGCUGGGCAUUAUAUAAAAGCUCUUGAGAAAUAUCAGAACGCCAUAUAUGUUUUAUCUAAUAUCUUCUACUUUGGAAAUCAUACAAGAGAAAUGGCUGUGCUUUGGAACAACCGUGCAAAUGCCCUGUUCAAACUUCAAAGAUGGUCAGAUGCUUUGUAUUCCGCAGAGCAAAGUGUACAACUGGAUCCAUCUUUUGUUAAGGCUUACUACCGUGGUGGUGCUUCAGCUCUGAAGUUGCAUAACAUACCUACUGCUUUGAUUAUAUUUGAAGAAGGCCUUCAAAUUCUUGACCCACAAGUGGAAAGCAAAGAAGUAGUAGAAUUUCUACAUGGAAUCUUUAUGAGCUUUGAAGUUGCUGGAAGUACCCUCCAUUUCAAAAGGAUUUUUGAAUGUGUCUGGAGAGAGAGAUACACAAAGGCUAUCUGGCAGCCACUCAUCGUGAAGCUGAUGAAAGAAAAGAUGUACAAGUCCUGCAUUUAUUUAAUGACACACCGAAGCACCCUGCCACCAGACAUUAAUGACUUGAAAGUGCCAUUGGGGGGCAUCUUUGAGAGCUUCAUGCGUCCUACUCCAUGCAAAGAUAUGACAUUUAUCAAUGGGCUUGUGAUUUGGCUUGUAACCAUGGGAGCUGAUUUGGAAACUAUUGGAGAACUUCCCCUCCAUGCUGUCAUACAACUCUGCAUGAUGUCAGCCGACAACACCCUUUUCCAACUUAUUAUAAAGAUGAAGCCAAAUAUGAAGGAAAACAUCAAUAAACAAGACAGAGAUGGUAACACAGUUCUGCACCUGGUAGCCUGUUUUCCAGCUAAUCCAUAUGGCUAUACUCUCAUGCGUCAAGCACAAGAUGUGAAGAUGCUUCUAGAUUUAGGAGUGGACCCAUGCAUCAGUAACCAGCAGGGCAAGGAUGCUGCAACUAUACUCAAACGGAAUAAAAACUUCAAAGCAGAGGACAUCAUUAAAAAGCAUUUGGCAAGCCAAGUUUCCGCUGCAGCUCCAAAAGCCACUUCAACAAAGGUUUGCAGUUUUGCUGAAAACAAGACCAUUUCACUUUCUUCUGCACUGGACCAGUUCAUAGGCUUCUGCAAUCAAGCAGGUCAAGUGAAUAAACUUUGCGGGCACAAAACUGUCCAGAAUUUUCUGCGUAUUCUGUCAUCACUGAAAGAGAUCCCACCCGACUUAAAAUGUGACAUCCCUGACUCUGUUGCUGAACGCCUCAUCACACAGUUAAUACAGACGCAAAGGUGGCAAGAGGUUUUACUGCUACUGACGAGAGAUGCUGAUGGGGAAUCUACUCAAGCAGGACUGAUUCAACGAUGUCCGCUUCCUGAUAUCAAUAUUUUCCAUUUAAUAAACAAUCUUAGUCCAAAAAUCAAGUUUCGUUUGCCACUAAUCAAGUUACUUUUAGAACAAGGAGUUUCUCCUGAUGGCAUUGGAGCCAACUCAAAACCCCCAAUUCAAGUAUGCUUCAAGAAAAGUGAUUUUGCUUUGGCUUAUUUGCUGCUCUCUAAUGGGGGAGAUCCAAAGAGUGUAUCGCUCACAGAAGGGGACACACCUCUGCAUGCUGCAGUUUCUAUUGCUUUAAAUAACAAAAAUGAUAAUGGUGUGUUCAUGGUAAAAUACCUUUUGGAUCUGUAUUCUUCUGAACCUCAGAAGUAUUCUUAUCUGGAACCCAACAUCCAGGGCCGAAAUGGAGACACAGUCAUGCAUUUGGUUUUUCAGAGCAAUAAUUCAAAAUAUUAUCGUAAAAUAAUGGAUGCUCUGGCAAGAUUUGACAUAAAGUUAACAAUAACCAAUCACCAGGGAAAAGAUGCAAAAUUCAAGAUUAAGAACUCAGAUCAGCGCUUCAUUGCUUGGAGUGAAUAUAGGAAGAAAUACCAGCAAAAUCAACCAGCCUCAGUUCCCAAGUCUAUUAAGACGCACACAAAUGGAAAUGUAAUGCAGCGAAAGACCCAUGCAAAGUCACACUUUCCUGCUCCUCCACAGCCUAAAUCUGUGAUUGAUGAUCAAACUGGUGAAUACACAUCUGUGGAACUCCUGGGAGAAGCUGCAAUGAGCAUAAAGAAAGCGCUGACUCCCAGAGAAAGUAUCCUGCAAAUCAUUAGAGAAUUAAUAAAAUGUAAGGAACUUAAUAAAGCACAACCAGUUUUUGAUAGUUUGAGGCCAUCUACCACUGUACAAACUAAAGAAGCAGGGAUCCAUGAGACACCUGUUGUCUAUAAAAAUGGAGUAAAUCCAUCUGAUGAGUCCUUCAUGGAGAAUAAUGAAUGUGCUGCAAAUAGUUUGCCAGUGCCCAACAAUAUUGAACAUGAUGUUGAGCCACUGGAAGAGGACAUUGAUCUUUCCAGUAUAGAUUUCAAUUAUAUGACCUGGGAAGUUGAAUGUUCACCUGAAGCCCUGAAGAAACUGGGAAGCAAGUCAGUGCCACAGUACAUAAAAAAAAAAAUUAUUGUCUCUAUUCAAAGUCUUGGAAAUGGGGAAUGGACACGCAGUCUUCAAAAACAGCUGAAGGUUAACAGUAACAUCAAACUUUAUGAAGUCAAGCUAGAUAAAGGGGCCAGGAUGCUGUGGGAACUUGCAAUUGACUUUUCACCACGAUGUAGUGAGGAGCCAGAAAAAAUCCUCUCUUCUGAAUCGUCAACUGUAAAAACAGGCAGAAUUUACACAGAGAUAAUACGGAUUUGGGAUAUUAUUCUUGACCAUGGGAAGCUCGGGCAUGCCAUUGAAAGCAUAUGCAGUGCUUACAAUAGAGGUUUAACCUGUAUACUCAGAAAAAAACUCAAGGGCAUAUCCAAGGCUACUACUUCCUCAAACGCAUCAAAGCGUAUUCCAAAAUAUUUUAUGGAAGAUACAGAGUUGGAACUUGAUAUGGAACUACUUGUUCCAGAUUACUUCCCCCCUGCCAGUGCAGGAGAAACGGAAUACAAUAUAAUGAAAUUCCACAGCUUUAGCACAGACAUGGCACUCAAUGUAUUAAGUAACAUGAACUCCAGAGUUGAGUAUCCAUUCCGAGUUGGUGAGUUGGAAUAUGCCGUGAUUGAUCUAAAUCCCAAACCGUUGGAAACCAUCAUAUUAAUCGGCAGAAGUGGGACAGGAAAAACAACUUGUUGUUUAUAUCGACUCUGGAAAAAGUUUGAUGCUUACUGGGCGAAAGCAGUAUCAAUUGGCCCAUGGCUAGCAAAACAGACUUGGCAACGGAGAAAAUAUAGUGAAAAUUUUGAUGUUUUUGACUCGGAUGAGGAGGAGAAUUCUGAAGGGGAGUUGUCCGAUAAUAAAGAUGAAGAGCAAAGCCUGCCAGAACUAGAGAACAUGGAUGCAGGAGACCAAUUGUCAGAUGAUGCAAUGGAAGAUCCUGUUGAAAAUCCUGUUGAAUUGGAACAUUAUCAUCCAAUUUUUAUUACAAAAAACCAUGUGCUUUGUCAAGAAGUGCAAAGAAACUUUCUUGAGCUAAGCAAAUCUACAAAGGCAACAAGCAGUUAUGAGCCACCUGAGCCAAACGUUUAUAAAUUACAAGAUCUAAAAGAUGAGAACUAUCCUUUAUUCAUAACUUCCCAGCAGCUACUGGUACUUCUGGAUGCUUCCAUGCCUGAUCCAUUCUUCCCCAGAAAUGAAGAUGGAAGUCUCAAAAGGAGCAUUGCUGGAUGGUCUACUUUGGAUAAUAUUGAUGUGCUCGACUUGUUAAAUGACGACUAUGAAAUAGAGUCUGACCCUGAAAAUGAGGAAGAAGAAAAUCAUUGUGAGCAAGUAGAGUCUGAUCCUCGCAUUUUUGUGACCUUUGAGGUAUUUGCCAACUCUUUAUGGCUUAAGAUGAAAAAGGGAAAGUCGCCGUACAAUGCUGCACUUGUUUGGAAAGAGAUCAAAUCAUUUUUGAAAGGAUCAUUUGAAGCAUUAAGCUGCCCUCAAGGUAGACUUACGGAACAAGAGUACCUUCAACUUGGAAAGAAAAGAGCACCAAACUUUCAGGGGGAUCGGAAGGAAAUCUAUCGCCUUUUUUGCUUGUAUGAACAAAUCAAAUCUCAGCUUGGUUACUUUGAUGAAGAAGAUGUCUUGUACAAUUUAUCUUGCAGAUUGUCAAAGCUUGAAGAGUUACCAUGGUCUAUCCAUGAACUUUAUGGGGAUGAGAUUCAAGACUUUACACAGGCUGAGCUUUUUUUACUCAUGCGAUGCAUUAAUGAUCCCAAUUCUAUGUUUCUUACUGGAGACACAGCACAAAGCAUAAUGAAAGGGGUUUCAUUCCGUUUCAGUGACCUGAGAUCCUUGUUUUACUUUGCAAACAAAAGCUGCUCAGGUAACCAAAAGAACUGCAUCGUCCGCAGACCAAAACAAGUGUACCAACUAGUUCAGAACUAUAGAUCUCAUUCCGGCAUUCUUCAUUUGGCGUCCGGCGUCGUAGACCUGCUGCAGUACUUCUUCCCAGAGUCAUUUGAUCGAUUGCCACGUGACUGUGGUUUAUUUGAUGGUCCAAAGCCAACGGUCCUUGACUCAUGUUGUGUUAGUGACCUGGCAAUAUUAUUACGCGGCAACAAAAGGAAGACACAGCCUAUUGAAUUUGGAGCACAUCAGGUGAUUUUGGUAGUAAAUGAAAAUGCUAAAGAGAAUAUCCCAGAAGAAUUGAGUCUUGCCCUGGUCCUAACUAUUUAUGAGGCAAAAGGCCUAGAAUUUGAUGACGUGCUUCUUUACAAUUUCUUCACGGACUCUGAGGCUUCCAAGGAGUGGAGAAUAAUUUCGUCUUUCAAUCCAGCCCCUGAAAAGAAUCAGGAAAAUCAGCCUCUUGUAGAAGUUCCUUUUGAGAGCGCUUGUAAUUCAGCUCAUAGACCAUUUGUUCUAGAUCCAGAAAUGCACAAGAUGCUAAAUGGAGAACUGAAACAACUGUACACAGCUAUAACUAGAGCCAGGGUAAACCUGUGGAUAUUUGAUGAGAACCACGAGAAGCGAGCACCAGCAUUCGAGUACUUUGAAAAACGGAAAUUAGUUUACAAGGUCCACACAGAUAAAAAUAAAGAUCUGGAUGAUAACAUGUUCGUGAAAGCAUCAACUAAAGAGGAAUGGAUCUCUCAAGGAGAUUACUAUGCAAGACACCAGUGUUGGAAGGUGGCUGCAAAGUGUUACCAGAAAGGUGGUGCUAUAGAAAAAGAGAAGCUUGCGUUUGCCAAUGAAGAAGUAUUAAGUCUGCAGACAAGGAAAGGAAAUGCAAAAGUAAAACCAUUGGAGUACUUACAGCUUGCCAAGACUUACCUGGAAUGCAGGGAACCAAAACUGGCCAUUAAAUGUCUGAUAAAGGCCAAAGAAUUUACCCUCUGUGCAGAGCUUUGCAAGCAGCUGGAAAAGACCAAGGAUGCAGCAGUCUUUUACAAAAAAGCACAAAACAAUAAAGCUGCUGCUCAACUGUAUGAACAGAUUGGAGAAUUUGAUGCAGCACUGAACUUGUAUUACCGUGACAAGAUGUUUGAAGAAGCUGCUGAUGCUAUGCAGAGGUAUCGACAGAUGCAUCCUAAUACACCAUUACAAAUCGGGGAAAGGCAGUUCUAUUUAGAAGCUGCUGCAGAUUGCUUCAAACAAAAUAAACUUAAGAAAAUGAAUGAAAUGCUUUCCAAACUAGAUGUUGAAGACCAGUUGGUUUUCCUUAAGAAUCGGAAAUGUUGGAUGGAGGCAGCUGAAUUACUUAAGAGUAAAGGUAGAAGUGAAGAAGCAGCAUCUCUACUAAGAAAACAUGGCAUGUUGUUAGAAGCAGCAGACCUGACAACAAAGAAAAAAUUUCGAGCAUCGUGUCUGCUUGCAGCAGCUCGUCGCCACAUAGCAAAUGACGAAGACCCUGGUAAAGUUCUUUCAGACGCACUGCAACUUUUACUUGAAACAAACCAAGAUGUUGACACUGCAGAAGCCACACUGCUUCAAGGAAUUUUGGAAGGAGAUUUUAAAAAAAUCGAAAGCGCAUUCUUUUACUUUAAGACAUCUUCUCACCAUGCUGGUGUUGUGGAGGCAUUGUUUCAAGCUUCAAUCUGUGAUGAGUCCAACCCAUCACUGCUGACUUUGGCAUCUUAUGGUAUAGAGUCUCUGAUAACAUUGAUAAAAGCUCUUGAGGAGACUAAAAACAAUGCAGACCGGGAGGCAGUGAAAACUUGUCUCGAGUUCUAUGGUGUUGUACAAACUGAUGAACAAAAUUGCUCUAUUCUUCAGCAUGAGGGGCCCAGGUUUUCUAUUAUACAAACAGAAGAGAUUAAGAUUGACACAGAGCUCAAAUGUGUGAAAUUGCUGCUGCAAGAACAUUUUUUAAAGUGGUUGCUUGAGAUUUCUGGAAAGAUUGUUGUAAAUUCUUAUCCAGAAAUAUGCUCUCGGUACAUUGCAGGAUUAGAAUGUACAGAUGAGAAGUGCCAAGAUUUGCAUCAGCCUUUACAACACUCUGAUUUAUGGAAAAUUUUGAGGACUAAAACAAAAUUAGUAACCAUUUGUGGAUUGUUACUUGAAGCAAAAGACCUUUCAAAAGAAUAUUCUGAAGAGCUUAAUGAAAUUGUAAAUCUUCAUGGCUACAACUACUGCAAUUCCCUUUUAAGCUUAGUUUUCUCUAAACAUUUUCAUCUUCGGAUCCUUUCAGAAAACCCAAAAUUAUGCCGAGAAGUACUGCUCAGAUUUCCAUUUGCAGGGAAGACUAUGCUUAAUGCUUUUCUUAGAUCACUUUUGAAAGAGGAUAACGUACAUAGAAGGGAAUCUACUGACCUUUGGCUAAAAAUAAUGCAGAUCUGUAGCAUAGCAUCUAGGUUUCCAGAUGGUCUACAGCUUUUCCUCGAAGAAGAGGAGAGACAAUUUGAGAAGGAGUAUGAAAUCCAGAAGAUUAAUGAUUCACGUGGAGAGGGAAGCCGGAAAAAAUUUAUAGAGGGCAGAUAUGGUAUGCUGAAGCCUGAUACAACGUGUCCCUUACCAAAAAUGACUCACAUCCAUUUCUUUCGCCUUCUACAAACUUCAUUACAGCAGCUCUAUCAAUACAGAAACCCAGAGAGUUGCGCAAGAUAUUUUUUCAGGUUCAUGAAUUUGCUGGUCAAGAAAUGUGUUAUGCCACUGAUUCCAAACAUUGGAAACACCAUGAUGUUGUUUGAAUUCCAGUUCAUGCUGUGUUGUGCUGUACUCAUGAGGUUUGGAAAAGAAACCAGAGUUGUGCUUCCAAAAAGCUACAUUUCCAUCCUCCAAUAUUGGGAAUACAUGUUUGGAAAGAAAACGAGCAUGAAAGAUACAUACUCCAUCUUGUUUGAAUAUAAAACAAAAGAUGUUUGGCAACUUACCAAAUACUUCAGACGUCAUAUUUCCUAUCUUGCCAAAGUUCUUACUGGUGAUGAGAAAGAAGAGUUCAAUGUCUUUGUAGAUGCAUUUAGUGAUGUGGAUUACAUUUCUUCAGGAGAAGCUGAAAGAACACUGGUAUUUUGGUUAGUGAUGAUGGUAAAUCUUAAUGGUGUCCUUCCUGAAUGGGCAAAACCUAUGCUUACAAGGCAUAUUCCAGAGAUCCAAAGUAAGUUGAACUCUAUAAGAGAUGAGUUCCAAUCAAAAGUACCGCAUAGGCUAUUUUAUGUUGUCAGUAAGCUUAACACAGCUGAUAAAACUGAAGAUCUGGUUUCCUUGCUUCAGGAUCUGCUAGAAGAUCGUGAUGCCGAACGCUUGGUAGAGUGCUCAUGGAGAUGGGAUCUUAUCUAUGGCAAAGGACAAGUAAGAGGAAUCUUUUUUGGUGACAAAUUCCGAUUUAAAAAACUUUCUUAUGUUCCUCACAGUGUACAUGAUAAUAAAGCCAGUUCCAUAGUAAAUGAGCAAGAGGACUUUGAGGAAGAGAAGGUUGAUUUGGUGGCAGCUGUUGCAGCUGAUGUACACAAGCAAAAGGCUGUACGCCAGGCUGUAUAUACUGUAUUCCUUGUCGUAUGGAUAAGUAUGAAAUGGAAAAAGGCUUACAGACGUAUGCUAAAAUGUGAGACGGAAGAAUCCAUUCCAGAUCACUUCAAAAUUGCAAAUGUCGACAGAACUCAGUGUGACUUGUGUGGGGUGAAAUUUUUACAAACUAGAACCCUCACUCAUCAAGUUGAAAUUGAAGAAGACCUGGGAGAUGUUUCAAGUCCAGCUGUGGAAAUUCCAAGCCUACCAGGGAUUAAUGAAGUGUAUGAAAAUCACAUUGUUCUAGAGAAACAUAAACAUCAAAUGAAUGACUACAAUGCAUACCUUCAAUUUUUCAAACUGGAAGUGGUUUCCACAAUCUGCCAAGGAAAGUCUCUUAUAGAGACCAUGGGACAGACUUCAGGAAAGAAACUGACAUCAAGAGAGGAACUCCACUUGGAACAAACUAAAAUCGAGAACAAAAUAAAAGUAAUUGUUGAUUUGAUUGAAGACAUCUAUGAGAAAAAGAUCUGGUCUGAGGCUGAAUGCUUAAUGAGAAAUGCAGUGGAUUGCCUGACAGCCAGCUUUUCUGAAAGCUUCAAGUUACUGGAGAAAUCGAACCAACCUGCCACAAAAGCAGAAGGAUUUCAAGAGGACUAUGAAGUAGACUAUGGAGAUUUUGAUGAACUUUGCCAAAAAAAAAAAAAAAAAGGCAAAAAGAAGACAAAGCGACACUGAGUCCUCAAAAAGACAAAGACAUGCUACAAAAAGUUAUGCUGGUACUAUAUGUUCAAAAGUGCAUAUGUUUGCUUCUUUAGUUGCAUUUACUUUGAUAUCUUUGAUCACUGGCUUUAAAAAAAAAUAUCUCAAGAUUUUUUCCACUGUGAAACCAAACACAUGACCUUUUCUGCCCAAUGUGUAGUCUACAGAGAAACAAAAGGAGAUCAUGGUGAUG